UACAACACAACUACAAGAGAGAGCAAAAAAAAGAUGAGUACUGGAAACGAAAACUGGAGGACAAAUGCAGAAACACACAAGAUGAGUUCGGAACAAGUAAAAGCAGCAGGAGUGGAAGAUUCAAAGAGGCCACCGGGUAGUAGCCAUGGCUCUGGUAGAAAUGUUCUUCACCAAAGGAAGUCACUUCCAUUCAACUAUUCAACAAUGGCUAUAGCUGGUUUGCUUAUUACAGGUGUUGUUGGAUAUUCGGUUUUGUAUUCGAAGAAGAAACCAGAAGCUACUGCUGGUGAUGUUGCAAGGGUUUCUGUUGGAGUUGCAGGACCUGAGGACACUCACCCUAAGAAAUAGAUGGCCUUAUAUUUAGACAUCGUCAUGAUGAUGUUACUGUCUUUUAUAUUGUAAUAUAUAUCAAUAAAAUUAUGAUAUUUAUAGGCUUAGUUGUAUUGAUAUUAUCAAUCCUUGUUAUAACUGUUUUAGUUCAAGAUCGGCUUGCCUUCCGGAUUAAUACACCACUUCAACCAUGUUCAACAUUA